CCGCCAUCCAUCUGUCCUCCUCUCCCUCUCUCUUCAUUUCCAACCUCCCCUUCCUCCUCCCUCCCUCCCUCUCUUCCAUCUUUAUCUUGCCUAUUUCCAUCCUUCUCAUCUCUCAGUUGUUUCAAUCUCUUGUACACACCCUACUCACUCUCCUUCUUACCGGGCUGCUGUGGGUUCCGUCUUAAGCUAUCCAUCAUGAAGGGCAUCCUCGGCCUUUCCCUCCUCCCGUUGCUGACGGCUGCGUCGCCCGUCUUCGUUGACUCCAUCCAUAAUGAAGCUGCCCCCAUCUUGUCUGCUACCAACGCGAAGGAGGUUCCCGACUCCUACAUCGUCGUUUUUAAGAAGCACGUCACUUCAGAGCUGGCUUCGGCUCACCACAGCUGGGUGCAGGACAUCCAUGACUCUCAGAGCGAGCGGACUGAGCUGAAGAAGCGGUCGCUCUUCGGCCUUGGGGACGAGGUCUAUCUGGGUCUCAAGAACACCUUUGACAUUGCUGGUUCUCUGAUCGGUUACUCUGGUCACUUCCACGAGGAUGUCAUCGAGCAAGUCCGCAGACACCCCGAUGUCGAAUACAUCGAGCGGGAUUCCGAAGUUCACACCAUGGAAGGGGCCACUGAAAAGAACGCCCCUUGGGGUCUGGCUCGUAUCUCUCACCGUGAUAGCCUGACCUUCGGUAACUUCAACAAGUACCUGUAUGCCUCCGAGGGAGGUGAGGGCGUUGACGCCUACACCAUUGACACGGGUAUCAACGUUGACCACGUUGACUUCGAGGGCCGUGCCACUUGGGGCAAGACGAUCCCUACCAACGAUGAAGAUCUCGAUGGCAAUGGUCACGGAACUCACUGCUCCGGAACCAUGGCUGGUAAGAAGUACGGUGUUGCCAAGAAGGCCAACCUCUAUGCUGUCAAGGUCCUCCGGUCGAGCGGCUCUGGCACCAUGUCUGAUGUCGUUUCUGGUGUCGAGUAUGCCGUCCAGGCUCAUAUCAAGAAGGCCAAGGAUGCCAAGAACGGCAAGGUCAAGGGAUUCAAGGGCAGCGUUGCCAACAUGAGUCUCGGUGGUGGCAAGUCUAAGACCCUCGAGGAUGCUGUUAACGCUGGUGUUGAGGCUGGUCUUCACUUCGCCGUUGCCGCCGGUAAUGACAAUGCUGAUGCUUGCAACUACUCCCCUGCUGCUGCCGAGAAGGCCAUCACCGUUGGUGCCUCGACACUUGCUGAUGAGCGUGCGUACUUCUCCAACUACGGAGAGUGCACUGACAUCUUCGCUCCUGGUCUCAACAUCCUGUCCACCUGGAUUGGCAGCAACUACGCCACCAACAUCAUCUCUGGCACUUCUAUGGCCUCUCCUCACAUUGCUGGCCUGCUGGCCUACUUUGUCUCCCUCCAGCCCUCCUCGGACUCUGCAUUCGCUGUUGAGGAGCUUACUCCUGCUAAGCUGAAGAAGGACAUCAUCGCCAUCGCCACCGAGGGCGCUCUCACUGACAUUCCCUCCAACACCCCCAACCUUCUUGCCUGGAACGGUGGUGGUUCCGAGAACUACACCGACAUCGUUGGCAGCGGUGGCUACAAGGUCUCCUCUGCCAAGAACCGCAUCGAGGACCGUAUUGAGGGUCUCGUUCACAAGGCCGAAGAGCUGCUCACCGAGGAGCUUGGUGCCAUCUACAGCGAGAUCCAGGAUGCCGUCGUCGCAUAGAUCAGAACUCGUGCUUUCCAGACGUAGAUCGGAAGACUUGGUUUUUUUUUGAGGUAUGGGAUGGUUGAUCGGACAUUUUGGCGCUGGUCUCUUUUUAUUGUGUUUGGUCUCGAAGACGCUGAUGCAUUGACUGUAUCGGCUGUAUCACUCCGCCCCUGCUUAUCUGUUUGGUUCAUCUUUAUGGUAGUAUACAUGUCUGCAAAGAAGGUUUUGUUACCUCACUUAGAAUGUUCUGGUUCUAUAACAGACUGACAAUCUGACUGGGUUAUCUAAGAGAUCUGACAAACGCUUGGUAGAAGAGAAAGGUGAGGGAGUAGACAUCAUCAGUCUAAACCCACAUUACGACAUGCCGUAAUAGAUGAGAGCACCGGAUGCUAGCCUUUGUAGACUACUAUAUCCACGCACCACAGAGGAGAUAACCCCUAGGAAAGGUAAUCUCCAUGUUAUGCCCACCUAUUCUCUCUAUCUCUUACUGAGAUACAAUCAAUCCCAUGACGAACAACUAAUGACAUCAUCG